GGGUAAUUCACCUAAACCUGUAAUUUUAAAAUUAUCUUUUUUGUACAACCACCACGUAGUUGGCAGUUGAGCACCAACAUUACAAUCUUGAAUGACACGUUUCACCACAUGUCAAUCCAAGAAUUACCGUUACACAAAACCCGACAAGCUACCUAGCCGACAAGCCUUCUUUUAUUUAACCACAGAACAUUAUUACGGUUUUACUAACGAAGACAAUAUGGCGCCGAGAAAAUCAAAGAAAGUGGUUUCUGUGACGAAGAAGAAGAAAGUAGUAGAGGAAACAAUCAAAGUAACUGUCACGGACGGAGUUCCAAAUGUUACCACCAACACCGACACACAAUAUCUAGAGACACAAGAGCUAGACACCCAAGAGCUUGAGACACAGGAUCUGCCGUUCUCCCUUCCCCUCGAAGAAGAAAACGUUACUAGGGUUGAGAUUCCGGUCGAUGUUGGAUAUGACCGGUCCCCACCGCCACCUGAAACCGUCGCUCCCGCAAGUGAAGGCACCGUGAAGGAGACCCAUAAGGUUGAGAUUCCGGUGGAGUUUGGAGAUGACCGGUCCCCUCAGCCGCCUGAAACCCCCGCUCCAGCAAGUGAAGUCCCUGCGAAGGAGACCCAUAAGGACGAGGAGAAGCAGGGGAAUAAGAAGACGACCUCAAAGAAGAGGAAGAAGAAUAGAUCGGAGGUAGCGGGAGAUGAGUACAAGAGAUAUGUGUAUAAGGUGAUGAAGCAGGUGCAUCCGGAUUUAGGGAUAUCGUCCAAGGCUAUAACGGUGAUUAACAUGUUCAUGGGAGAUAUGUUCGAGAGACUAGCGGUGGAAGCGGCGAAGUUAAACGAUUAUUCAAAGCGGAGGACGUUGUCUUCGAGGGAGAUCGAAGCAGCGGUGAGGCUGGUUUUGCCUGGUGAACUUAGCCGACAUGCCGUGGCUGAAGGCUCCAAAGCUGUUAGUAACUUUGUUGCUUAUGGUGCCAAGAAGCGUUAGUUUAAUUAGUAUGUCUCUUGUUAUUUCCUUUUCUCCAACUUGACGGUUAGGUUAGGAUAAGGUUUAACUCAGUAGGGUUUGUAGAGAUGUAUGUUCUCUAUGUGUGUUUUGUAAUAAUGUCGUUUUCUUCUAGUUUUGUGUCUUCUGUUCUGUAAGAUAUGUGUUUACUUUCACAUAUUAAGAAAUAGUUUUAAAAAAUC